CUGUUUUUAGUCAAGGUUUUCACAAGAGUUAAGGUCUUCUAACGUGUGGAGUUUGUAAAAAGUUGCUCAUUGUCUCAAUGAAACGAACUGUAACGGCAACUCGUUCAACCGUAACCGUUAACUUACAGUAGUAACGUAAACACAAUGUCGACGCCGUUUAUAGUUCCAUUGCAACAUUGUCACUACCUAGCGUUGACUGGUCGUUCUGAUUGAAAUUAUAAUCGCAAACCAACUUUGUUCGGAUAGCGUCGCUUCGUGUAAUUAAUCUGACAUGCGAUGGAAUCUGUGACCUGUUUCAUGGGCGCCGCGGGGUCCACUGAGGAAACAAGCCUGCAUUGGUUGUACAGGUGAAGUGUUAGGACUAUGGUAACUGCUCGAUACUGGCUACCACUUGUAAUGUGUACCCAUCUCAAUGCGGUCACGUUUAACUAGCUAUAGUAUGCAGAGUGUGGGGCCAUGGUGGCAAUGUGGAAUUCCAGUUCAGGUCACAGAAUAUCACGGGUCACAGAAUACGUUAUAACGCCGGUUGUGAGGAGGAAUGCGGGCAGGUCUGGACUGCAAAGAAGAAAGAAAGUUUAUUUUUUUAAAUAUAAAACUUUUACAUUUAUAUGUAAUGAAGCAAAUCCGGUUGCAAACUGUUGUCUGAUACCGAAGUGAGGUGACAUCUUCGUUUAUCAACCACCUCCGUUAGAGUAAGAAAAUCAGGUGCACUUACUGAUUCUCGGUUGAUGUUUGAUUCUCUUCAAAUGGCUCGUGGUCAUAGAUGUAACGUUAGUGUGCAAAUCACUAUAACAGCUUCACUGUACUUUAUGACUACUGUGGUGUUUUGUACAGGGUGUUUGUAGCAGAUCACUGUACAAGCUCCCUCUCUUUUUCUGUGUUUUACUUCUCUCUUUUCUCCCGGUCACAGAGGGGUAUACCCCUCCCUGUUUCUCCUUAAUUUAAAUAAAACAGCUACAACUGUAUAAUAUACAUCCAAAGCCUGUAUUAUAGCUGCCUAUCUUUUUUUUUUUUUUUAAGAUAUGAAUUUCAAAUGCAUGCAAACAUGCCCAAAUAAAGAAUUGUCUUAAGUGUUAUUACAUAGCCCAAAUUCUAGGUGUCAUAGUAUAAUUUAAACUUUGUAGUAGUACUUGUUAGGCUUACAAACACACCUUUGUGUCGGUCAUAAUGCUGGUAUCAGGAAGUAGGUAGAAUACAAAUGAAUAGUAGGAAGUUAGGUGGAAGUUUGCAAGUUACAUUAUAACGGUGCAUGGGACAUAACUACUGACUUUAACAGAUGGACCAAAUCGAAACUGCACAUGGCCAAUUUGCUAAGUAAUCAAUCACGACCGACCUCAAUAACACAGUGUGCUUGCUAUUGAUUAACUCCAACCAAAACCCUGACAUCACAGCUAACAGCAGCAGUGGGUGAGUGAAUAUGGUCGUUCAUCACCAUUCCUUCUUAGUAUGUACUUUUUUCUUCCUUGUGUUUUUUUUUGUGUCUUUCUUUUCUGGUCUCAGAGUGGGCGGUUCAGGGUUCAGGAUUGUGAAUACCAGCUAGGCCUACUGCGGUGUGCUGCAUGCUUGUAUUUGGGUUAGCGGCAUGUUGAGGCCUGCUCUGCCUUUGUGAUACAGGAAAACACCACCACUGUUGCAGCUGCAACCUUGUCAGAUACUACACACAAGAAAACACAGCGACAGAGGCUCAAAUGAUGUAGGCACAUUUUACAUUGUGGUUGUUAUUGAGGGGUGGGCAAAACAUGCAAGACAACAACUGAAGUGCCUGGCCAACAUGUGAGAUUGAUGGGCGUCCAUUUUUUUGCAUUGCACAUACGGAAACUAGCGGUGCUGUUACAGCAAAAGUUGUGGUUCCAUCUGUACCACAAGUAAGCUCAUGCAACCAGUAAAUCACACAUGUAACAGCUAGUGCCCAGCAUGUAGGGGGAUAUUGAUCUCUCGCCAAUAUAUCAGCAUAUAUUUCACCUUAAAUGCACAAGAAUGCAACUAGUGUCCAUCAUCUUUAAUGUAACGAGUUUUCAAUAUUUAUGUCUCAAACUGUUAAAUUCUUUUAACUAGCAGUGGGAAAAUCUUAAAGUAUUCAAUUUGCCAGCACAUGCCUAAUCCCAAAACAUUUUUUCUUUUUAUCCCGAACAAUCAGCUUUGGAAUCAGAUACAAAACACAUUCACUAGUCAGUCCUCCACACAAAAACAGGUGCUGUUGACGGAGGUGUAAAAGUGCUUUGUGUCCCUCCUCCGUGGGGUUGUGACUGAGUAGAAAUGUCUCAAAAUUAGAUAACAAAGAACAAAUGUGACCGUGGUCUAUUCUGUAUACACAACAUCUAUUGUACAAGUAGUCUACCUGUCCUGGAAGAGGGAUUCCUUCUGUUGCGCUUCCUGAGUUUUCUUCCAGUUCUUUUCUCUGUUUACAUUUUUGCUUUGCCUCGCUGACACAGUGAUCUACUGUUUUGUGUGCGGGUCUCUGACAGGAUGUCAGGAAUAUUCUCUGAUAUUGUUUUGUCUCACAAUGUAAAUACUGGAACACUUAUCUUGAUGCUUAACUGUGAACACAGAGUGUUGCUGCAGAAUAUGCACCAGUGUGUGUGUUUAAGCAAUAAGUGGCUAUAAUAACCAACUACCUGUGUGCGUAACUAACAUGUCAUUAUAGAUACAUCUCACCAGGGUAACGCUGUGUUUGUCCAUCUCUGAAAGCAGGUGACCUUGGUACUUGGCACCAUGGCUCCUUUCUUGAGGAUCGCCUUCAACUCGUACGACUUGGGCAUCAUGCACCCUCUGGUUGACGCACCUUUCUGUGCAAUCAAGAUGAAGGAAGCCUUGACAACUGAACGAGGUAAGACCCUGGUUCAGCGCAAACCAACCAUGUACCCGGCCUGGAAGGCCAGUUUUGAUGCGCACAUCUAUGAGGGCCGUGUGCUCGAGAUACUGUUGAUGAAGACAGCGGAGAAGCCUCUGGCUGAGGUCACUGUCGGAGUGUCUGUCCUUGCUGAGCGCUGCAAGAAAGCCAACGGGCGCACUGAGUUCUGGGUGGAUCUCCAUCCGUCUGGCAAAGUGAUGAUGGCUGUGCAGUACUUUCUGGAGGGAGUGGAUACAGAGAAUAAGCAGGCUGCCAAGGAGGAGGAGGAGACUCCUAACCUGAACCGUAGACGAGGGGCCAUCAAGCAGGCCAAGAUCCACUUCAUAAAGAACCACGAGUUCAUUGCCACGUUUUUCAGGCAGCCCACUUUCUGCUCCGUGUGCAGAGAAUUUGUCUGGGGACUCAACAAGCAAGGCUAUAAAUGCAGACAAUGCAAUGCAGCCAUCCACAAGAAAUGCAUCGACAAAAUCAUCGGCAGGUGUACUGGCACUGCUGCCAACAGUCGCGAUACUGUGUUCCAGAAGGAGCGCUUUAAGAUUGACAUGCCGCACCGUUUCAAGAACCACAACUACAUGAGUCCAACCUUCUGCGACCACUGUGGAAGUCUGCUGUGGGGUCUUGUCAAACAAGGCCUGAAGUGCGAAGACUGUGCCAUGAAUGUCCAUCACAAGUGUCAGGCUAAAGUAGCCAACCUUUGUGGUAUCAAUCAGAAACUACUAGCUGAAGCACUCACACAAGUCAGCCAGAAAUCGUCCACCCGCCGCUCAGAUCCAAACCUGGAUCCCAACCUGUCUGAUCUGCCUGAUAUUGGAAUCUACGAUGAAGUUAGCAAGCUCGCUGGACUGGAGAUCAAUGAUGGAUCUCCCUAUGGCAGACUGUGGGAGGGGGCCAACUCGCGGCCUCAGUCUCGUAUCACCCAUUUGACCCGCAUCAACGUGGACAACUUCGUCUUCCACAAGGUCUUGGGAAAAGGCAGCUUUGGCAAGGUUCUCCUGGCAGAGCUAAAGGGUCGUGGUGAGUACUUUGCAGUGAAGGCUUUGAAGAAAGAUGUGGUGCUGAUGGAUGACGAUGUGGAGUGCACUAUGGUGGAGAAGAGGGUCUUGGCUUUAGCCUGGGGAAACCCCUUCCUCACACACCUUUACUCCACCUUCCAUACCAAGGAGCAUCUGUUCUUUGUGAUGGAGUAUCUGAACGGAGGAGACCUGAUGUUUCAUAUUCAGGAGAAAGGACGCUUUGAACUUUACAGAACCACGUUCUACUCUGCUGAGAUCGUUUGUGGUCUUCAGUUCUUACAUACCAAAGGGGUCAUCUACAGAGAUCUUAAGUUAGACAAUGUGAUGCUGGAUCAGGACGGGCACAUAAAGAUAGCCGACUUUGGCAUGUGCAAGGAGAAUGUGUUUGGAGAGAAUCGAGCCACAACUUUCUGCGGUACUCCUGACUAUAUCGCUCCAGAGAUCCUGCUGGGUCAGAAAUACUCAUUCUCCGUUGACUGGUGGUCAUUUGGGGUGUUGGUGUACGAAAUGCUGGUUGGUCAGUCGCCUUUCCACGGAGAUGAUGAGGAUGAGCUAUUUGAGUCCAUCCGCAUGGACACUCCCCACUAUCCCCGCUGGAUCAACAAGGAGGCCAAGGACCUGCUUGAGCGGAUGUUUGAGAGAGACCCAACUCACAGGCUAGGAAUCGUGGGUAAUAUUCGUUCACACACGUUCUUCAACAACAUCAACUGGCAGGCCUUGGAGAGGAGAGAGGUUGAACCCCCCUUCAAACCCAAAGUGAAAGCACCGAAUGAUUGUAGCAACUUUGAUCGGGAGUUCCUCAGUGAGAAGCCUCGUCUCUCCUACAGCGAUAAGAACUUCAUAGACUCCAUGGAUCAGACGGCAUUCGCUGGCUUUUCAUUCAUCAACCCUGAGAUGGAGCACCUUUUAGAAAAGUGACUGUUGUGAUGACAUCCAGACCUGGGUUACAUGUCUACUGCUUACGGACAGUUUCCUGAUUCUUUCACAUUCUUAAACUUACAAACGAGUGAGCUGUUCCCCUAUCAGUAUUUGUGUGUCUUUAUUUCAAGCAGAAACUAUUCUCUUUGGGUACGUGUAGAAAUGAUCAGAGUAGAAAGAGCCCAUGUACUGUACAUAUUGUCGUCAUUGUGUUUGUGUGCAUGCUUAUUAUUUGUCUAGGUUGUUUAGGCAUUUUUGAGUAAUAAUAAUAAUAAUAGGGCGGGAGGCUGAAAAUCCUUACAUUCCACUUGACGUCACCGCUACCAUCACAGCCAUCGUGUCUCUUUUUGUAACAUUCAAUUCAACCCAACUGGGGAUGAAAAAUUAUGAAGAGGAAAAGAAACCUAUAGGAAUAAAUUCUACUGUAUACUUGGAGUUUGUGUGAAUGAGUUGAAUGCACGUAUAGAAAUCUCAGACCAACAUAAACCUAACUAUCUUUAAAUAUAGAUAAAUAAUGAAUGUUAUCUGUCUUUGAAACAUCAUAAUUAUUUAAUUUGGAUGACUCAUGUUUUGCUGACAAAGAAGACCUUGUGGCGAUUGACUCUCCAGUGCCAUGUAAAGAACAUUUUUUAACAGAGAAACUGAAAGGCCCUGUCUGUGUACAAGGCAUGUAGUGGAUGCAAAAGGUCACGUAUGGUACAUGACUUCAAACAGCGGGGAGUCACUGAAAUGCUGUAUAUAGACAAUGUGUAUGUAUAUUGUUGUAACAUGUAUAUUGGUUAGCAAAGGAUGUACUUUUUUUACUGUCUCCAUCUUUUACAUCUGAUUAAAAAAACAUCAAC